UUACAAUGCCCGCUAUUGGGCGCGUGGGCUGGAGCCCCGGUCAAGUUUUGAUAAGGUUUAGCCCACAGAAGCCAGAAAUAAUCGAGGAACGCAAGAGCUCCGGACCACGGUGCCGCGUUGGCGUCGAAUUUGAUUUGUUCGCGCGACGCAGUUGCAAUCGGGGAACUUUUAAAUCUUUUUCACUGUAAUCAGGUUACUAGGAUAGAUGGGUCGCUCGCGCGCUUUCCCUCAUCCUCUUGACGACGAUCCUGGUCAAAGUAGGUCCAAGAGGAAAAGAACUACUUCAAGUGUAGAGAAUCUAGAGACUGCAUGUACCGGACUUAAUGAUGGGAAAUGGGGUUUAUACCACUGUAAUUAUUGCAACAAAGACGUCUCAGGGAAGAUCCGAAUUAAGUGCGUCAUGUGUCCUGAUUUUGACCUUUGCAUCGAGUGCUUCUCUGUUGGGGCUGAGUUGACACCUCAUAAAAGCAAUCAUCCAUACAGGGUUAUGGACAACCUGUCACUCCCACUUAUAUGUCCUGAUUGGAAUGCAGAUGAAGAAAUAUUACUUCUAGAGGGAAUUGAAAUGUAUGGGCUAGGGAAUUGGACUGAAGUUGCAGAGCAUGUUGGAACGAAGAGUAGAUCAGAAUGUCUUGGCCACUAUAAUGCUAUAUAUAUGAACUCCCCAUGCUUUCCUCUUCCUGACAUGUCUCAUGUCAUGGGAAAGAAUAGAGAGGAGCUCCUUGCUAUGACUAAAGAGCAUUGUGAAGCAAAGAAAGGAUUUCCUAUGCAUGGGGAACUUACUUUGAAAGAAGAGUCUCCAUUAUCUGCAAAGGAAAAGGUUGAAGGUCCAGCAGGUCGAUCCUCAUCUAGCACAACUGCUGUUGUAAGUUUUGGCAUGGGUUCCAGCAGUGGUAACACAUCUGCUAGUGCAGUUAAGAAAGCAUCUAAUGUGAACCAAAUUAGAGAUGAUUAUGAUGGUGUUAAAGUGGAAGCGGACUCACAAGCAGACAGGAGCAUAGGAGAGAAGAAGCCUAGGACUUCAGGAGAUGAGGGGCCUUCUUUGACAGAGUUUAGUGGCUAUAAUCCCAAGAGACAAGAGUUUGAGAUUGAAUAUGACAAUGAGGCUGAGCAGCUACUGGCAGACAUGGAAUUCAAAGACACGGACACUGAUGCUGAGCGUGAACUGAAACUGCGAGUGUUGCGUAUCUACUUGAAAAGGCUGGAUGAGAGGAAACGCAGGAAGGAUUUCAUACUAGAAAGAAAUUUACUUUAUCCAGACCCUUUUGAGAAGAACCUCUCACUUGAUGGGAGGGAAAUAUAUCAGCAAUUCAAAGUCUUCAUGCAAUUCCAAUCAAAAGAAGAGCAUGAGGCAGUGCUUAAGAGUAUCAUUGAGGAAUAUGAGAUUGGCGAAAUAAUAGAAGAUCUUCAGGAGGCACGGAAGGCUGGCUGCUGUUCAUCUGCUGAGGCGGAUGUAUAUAUUCAGCAGAAGAGGAAGAAGGAAGCUGAAGAAAGUGCUCGCAGGCUGAGGGAAAGUUCUCAAGCUGGUCCCAGUGGGAAACUCUUGCAGAAGGCAAAUCAUCCUAAAGGAGAAUUUGUGGGCAGUAGUCCUCGAGGAGCUGUAGGGGGAUGCAAAGGUCUAGAAACUGGUGGCAAUGAUUCAUCUGCAUCCUCUGUAGGAUCAACUAUCUCAAGACGCCUAGGUGAUUGGGACAUUACUGGACUUUUGGGGGCUGAUUUACUCUCUGAAAAUGAAAAACGGCUUUGUGGUGAGAUCAAAAUACUGCCUUCACAUUAUUUGAAUAUGCUGUAUAUUAUGUCGAUAGAGAUGAUGAAUGGAAAUAUUUCUCAGAAGUCUGAUGCGCAUUGCUUUUUCAAGGUUCACCCUAGCAAAGUGGAUAGAGUGUAUGAUAUGCUUAUGAAGAAGCGGAUUGUACGGUCGUGACGACACAAUUUUUUUAGUUCAUUUUUCGUGCACCUUGUGAAGAAUUAUUGCAACCUGAUAGACAAUUUUUAGGGCCCAAGGUUUCUUUAGACGCCUGCUUGACUGCUACUGGAUGGGGUUGUCAGUAGUUGGGUAUUAGGAAAUGUAAUUGUGUAAUAACACGAGAAUACUAGGAGAUUAGAACGAGUUAGGCGGUCUCUCUCGCCAUACAUGAUCCAAUGGCAUCUUGUAACGAGAUAACAAAAAAAAAAAAAAAAAUUAGGUUAAACACUUGCAAGCAAACUUUUUCACAUGGAGCAAAUAAGAUUGAAUCUUGGUGGACCA